CGCUCGAGGGGGCGUGGCUGGGGGCGUGGUCCUGACUGGGGCCGGAAGGAAGGCGGCCUCCCGCGCCGGAAGUGAGCCUCUGCCCGGACCCAGCAUGGCGGCGGCGUUCCAGAAGGCGGCCAAGGCCGGGCAGCGCCAGCAUCGCGAAAGGGCCCAGCUGUCCUCUCGGAAGCACCUGGGCAUCCUCGAGAAGAAGAAGGACUACAAGCUCCGCGCCAAUGACUACCACCGGAAGCAGAAGGCCCUGCAGGCCCUUCGGCGGAAGGCCCAGGAGAAGAACCCGGACGAGUUCUACUUCAAAAUGACCCGGGUGCAGCUGCAGGAUGGCAUGCACAUGAUUAAGCCGCAGGAAGAGGAAACUACCCCAGAGCAGCAGAAACUGAUGAAGACCCAAGACCUGAAGUACAUCGAAAUGAAGCGAGUAGCGGAAGUUAAGAAAAUUGAAAGACUGAAGUCAGAGCUCCAUCUUCUGGAGGCGGAAGGAAAGCAGCCCAACAAGCAUACCUUCUUUUUUGAUACCAAGAAGGAAGUGCAAGAGUUUGACAUUGCCACCCAUCUGAACACGGCACCUGAACUGGUGGACAGAAUCUACAACCGGCCAACUCUUGAAACACUGAAGAAGGAACCCAUUCAGGGGACAAUCACCCCAGCCCAGUUACAGAAAUUAGCCCGCCAGAGAAAGAGUCAGUAUGACCUACUGAGGCAGCGCAUUGAACGGGAGCGGAAAAUGUUUGUCAUCACUCAAAAGCUCCAGACCCAGAAGGAUCUCUUGGACAAGACACAGAAAGUGAAGGUGAAGAAGGAGACGGUCAACCAACCUGCCAUUUACAAAUUCCAGUUCAAGCGGAAGCGCUGACUUCCCUCCCGGCCGUGUGAGGAAUGGGGUGUGAGUGGCAGAGGAGGAUGCUCUCUGUGCCCCACGGAGGAAGGCCAGUCCUGUGUUUACACUGUGCAAAGAAAGCCCUUCUCUGCUUUUCAGAAUAAAUCUCUGGUGCUAAUA